UUUUUAAAAAAUAGUAUACAGACGUAGAUCGUCGAGAUCGGGUCCAAGUCCUUUUUUUUUUCCUGGUUAGGGUUACUGUUUUCAGGUUCAAUCGCUCGGGAGUCUCUCAGCUAUCUUUCUCUCUCAUCAUAAACGCACCUCGCGAUUCGUUUUGUGGGCAAAGUGUGUAUUACAUACUGGGGAGGAAUCGCGAAGAUAUACUUUGCUUACUUGUGAGCUUCUGUGGUGUGUGGGGUAUUGCUGACACUUGAAGAGAGGUUUCAGCCGGUUUAGACGCGUUGGUGGGCGUUUCGGUGAGCUCCAAUGCCCGAGGAGGACCUGGUAGAGCUCAAAUUUCGAUUGUAUGAUGGAUCCGAUAUCGGGCCAUUCAGGUACUCGCCAACAACUACGGUGGCCAUGCUCAAGGAGAGAAUUGUCUGUCAGUGGCCUAAAGAUAAAAAGAUUGCACCCAAGGCUGCAAAUGACAUCAAGCUGAUAAAUGCUGGGAAAAUUUUAGAAAACAACAAGACUGUUGGCCAGUGUGGGAUACCUUUUGGGGAGCUUCCAAGAAGUGUCAUCACCAUGCAUGUUGUUGUGCAGCUGUCUUUAGCAAAAGCGAAAACAGAGAAGAAGGUGGAUGAGGACCCAAAGAGGAAUCUAUGUUCAUGUUCCAUUAUGUGAGAGUGGAACUUGAUUUGUUUAGCAUGCAAAAUGACAGCGUUUCUUGAAAAUGGUUGGACUGGGGGGAACAAUGUAAAACAAUUCCAUCUCUCGCGGGUUCUGGUUUGUUGGAGGGUACUGUGUAUGUAUUGAUGAUGUAUUUGCGUUCUAUAAAAAUUGGUUGUUGGUUGUAUUUUUGUAGCUAAAAAAAAAACAUAAGUAUUCUUCAUAAACCAAACUUACGAAUUCAGUAUUCUCCAA